AUGCCACCGAAAACCGUCGCUACAAUCAACUCUACGGGCAGACAGGCCGCUUCUUUCAUCCGAGCUGCGUCUGCCGUCGGAUGGCAUGUUCGUGCUCAAGUCCGACAAAAUGAGGGCCUAGUGGCCGAGGAGCUCUUCGGUCUGGACAAYGUCGAAUUGAUCGAAGGUGACCUUACCGGACCUAAUCGAAAUCAACUCCUCGCUCGCCUCUUCACCGGAGCCAAGAUUGCUUUCAUCAAUACUACGCACUGGGGAGAUGAGGUUGCCAUUGGAAAAGCUUGUGCCGAUGCCGCCAAGAAAGCUGGUAUAGGCCAUUACAUCUACUCCAGCAUGCCGGACCACUCUUCUUUUGACCAAGAUUGGAAAGCGCUGCCAAUGUGGAUGACCAAGUUUGCAAUCGAGAACUAUGUGAGACAGAUUGGCAUUCCUGCUACCUUUGUUUACACCGGAAUGGAGCUACAAGACGAUGGAAGCUUCGUAUGGCAGGCGCCCUUCCACCCAAAUGAUCCCUUACCUUGGCUGGAUGCAGAGCAUGAUGUCGGACCAGCGCUGCUGCAGAUUUUCAAAAUGGGUGCAAAUCACUGGAAAGGACAGAGGGUAACAUUGGCGUUCGAGAAGCUAUCGCCGGUCCAAGCAUGUGCUCGAUUCUCGCGGGGUGUUGGAAGACCUGUUAACUAUGUUCACGGCCCAAUCAAUAUCGAUGUCAACAUCCCGAGCGGGUAUCGAGAWCAUCUUGAGAUUCUACAAGAGACUCUGGGAACAAAGCGUGCGCCAUACUUUGGCCCAGAUUUGGAGUAUCCAAAGGAAGGACGAGGCAUAUGGGAAGGACAUCGUGGCCUUGAAGAGUACGCACGCGAAGUUUUCCCUAUCGAGGAGUACGCGAAUGGUCUAAGAUGGAUGGAAGAAGGACGAAGUACUGGUCCUGGAACACCCAGCGUGAUGGACGAAGACGAGCGGCUCACCGAUGGCACACCCAUGACACCGGCAUUCGUUGCGCCCCUCCACAUCUCCGGCGCAUUAGCGCCAAGUUCACAUCCCGAAGGAUUGCAAGGAAACUUCUUCGUCGGGUCAUGCUGA